CGUUCUAAGUCAACUUCCUUUGCCUGGAUUGAUGGUUAAUCAAUGAUCUUUUUAAUCAUGUUUUGAUGACCAAUGCUGGUUUCUUAUCUCUGAAUCUGUAUUUGUGCCACAGUUCAAAUAUUUAGAAAAAAUUUUGAUAGAAUAUACUUAAAAAAUGAGUGAGCGACCAGUCGAUUCGGAAGCAACUAAUGUGUUCCAAGUUAUGUCAUCAAGUUUAUUACAUUGGACCCGGUUAAUAAUAGGAGGCUUGUCUAUUCCCUUGGUUUUUCCUUUGCUAGUUUACAAUUUAUAUCGUUAUCAUUUUAAGAAUAAAAUAUUCAGAGAUCGAUCCCUUGAAGAUAAAGUUGUUUUAAUCACAGGAGCUAGUUCAGGACUUGGUGAAGCUUUGUCACAUGCUUUCCACAAAGCUGGUUGUAGAGUCAUUUUGGCGGCUAGGCGUAGAGAUGCCUUGGAAAAAGUUAAAGAGGAUUUGAUGACGAAUUAUCAGUCAAAACAUAUUCCUGCCGUUGUUACAUUAGAUCUACAUGACUUGAAAACAAUCUCAGAGAGAGCUCAGGGUACUAUAAAUAUCUAUGGACAUAUUGACAUUUUGGUGAACAAUGGUGGGAUUAGUUAUCGGGGAGAGGUAUCUGAUACCAGUUUGGAAGUGGAUUUAAGAGUGAUGGUGACUAAUUAUUUUGGACCAGUAGCUCUCACUAAAGCCAUUUUGCCAUCAAUGAUUGAGAGAAACUCUGGAUGUAUCGUUGCUGUUAGUAGUGUUCAAGGAAAAAUCGCCAUUCCAUUCAGAUCAGCUUAUUCUGCAUCUAAGCAUGCUACCCAAGCCUUCUUUGAUACUUUGAAAUCAGAAUUAAGCCACACAAAUAUUCACGUAUGUGUUGUUAGUCCUGGUUAUGUACAGACUAAUCUUUCUUUAAAUGCUAUGACCGCUGAUGGUAGCAAGUAUGGAGUUAUGGAUAAAACAACAGCGACUGGUAUGGAUCCAAAAGAAGCCGCCGAGAGUAUUAUAAUAGCUACAGCCUCUAAACGAACUGAGCUAGUUUUGGCUGGAAUGCUUCCAAAACUAGCUAUUCUCAUUAGAGAUCUUUGCCCAUUGUUAUAUUUUUACCUCAUGGGUAGUAGAGCACGUCGCAUGAGAGCCUCCAAUAUGAUCAAACAAGACUAGAUUAUGUGCCAUAAGUUACGUAUUUUAUAUGUUAUAAUCUGUAAAUAUAUAGAAAUAUUUUUUAAUUUAAACUUAUUUGUUACAAAUUGUGAUUUGUUUAUUUAGUUUCCUAUUAUUAAUUUAUAUUUCAUAUGCUCUUUUGAACUCUUUAAUGCUGUUCUCUAAGUA